UCUCAACAACAAUCUAACAUUUACCUUGCCCAAUCUGGAGAGCUGGUACUUGUCUUCUUGCAACAUUAGUGAAUUCCCAGUUUUCCUAAGAACAGCAACAAAUUUACAAAACCUAGACCUUUCCUAUAACAUAAUUCAUGGUCAAACUCCAAAAUGGUUGGGAGCUGUGGGGAGGAAUUCAUUAUAUUUUCUGGAUCUUUCUCACAAGUUGCUUCAAGGACCAUUCCCCAUGUUAAAUUCUCUUAACCUUCAAUAUCUCUUUGCCUCCCAUAACAAUUUAACUGGGGAAAUUCCUUCUUUAAUUUGCAAUGCAAGUUCCCUUAAAAUUCUAGAUUUUUCUCAUAACAACUUUAGUGGCACAAUUCCAAAGUGUUUGGUACUCUCUAAUUUUCUCAGUGUGUUGGAUUUGAGAAUGAAUAGCCUUAAUGGUACCAUACCUGCAACCUUUUCAAUGGGAACAAAUUUGAGAAAUAUUAACCUUAAUGACAAUCAAUUGGAAGGGCCAUUGCCACGAUCUUUGGAAAAUUGUACAAACUUAGAAAGUCUAGAUCUUGGAAACAAUAAGAUAAAUGGCACCUUCCCCUAUUGGUUGGGAAGUAUUCUAAAACUGCAGGUUCUAGUCAUUAGAUCAAAUAAAUUUCGAGAUCGUAUAGGCAAUUCUAAGACCCAAUUUCCUUUCUUAAAUUUGCGAAUCCUAGAUAUCUCUAACAAGGAUUUUAAUCAUCCUUUGCCAAGAAAUUUUUUCAAAUAUUUGAAAGCCAUGAUGAAUGUGGAUGAAGGAGAAGUUGGGUUGAAAUAUAUGGGAGAUGAGUAUUAUCAUGAUUCUUUGAAUGUGAUGAUAAAAGGGUCCAAUAUUGAGUUAGUGAGAAUCCUAACUAUCUUCACAACCAUUGAUUUUUCAAACAAUAGUUUCAUAAGGGAGAUUCCACAGAUAAUUGGAAGCCUUCAUUCACUCAAGGGGCUCAACUUUUCUCGCAAUAACCUUACAGGUUAUAUUCCAUCAUCUUUUGGAAAUUUAACUAAUCUUGAAUGGUUAGACCUCUCUUUCAACAAGCUCGGAGGGGAGAUUCCCAAGCAAUUGGCAGAUAUUUCGUGGCUUGCAGAUUUAAAGCUAUCACAUAAUCAACUUACAGGACAAAUACCUUUAGGGAAGCAAUUCGAUACAUUCAACAAUGAUUCAUACACCGAUAACUUGGGAUUAUGUGGAUUUCCAUUGACAAGAACAUGCAGCAACCAUGAGAUAAAGCAACCACCACCAUCGACCUUGCAACAAGAAGACAACUUAGAGUCUAAAAAUGGGUUUGGUUGGCAAGCUAUAUCGAUAGGUUAUGGAUGUUGA